AUGGUAAAAUAACAAAAAGAACAAAAACCUCAAGUUGCCAAGGUAUCAAUUAAGAAGGACAGCAAGACUGCCACUCUUGCCAAGACAGUAGCCAAAUCAGAAAAGUCCAAGAAGAGCAUUGGCACCAAGCAAGCACAGAGAAAGAGACAAUUGUCAAGAAGAUUUAACAAACUCAAGGUUAAGGCUGGAGACUUGGAUAAAAAAGCCAUUAUAUAUGUAGGUCAUCUUCCCAGAGGUUUUAACGAGAAGGAACUCAAGAAGUUCUUCGAGCAGUUCGGAGAUGUCACUAGAAUGAGAGUCGCUAGGUCUAAGAAGACUGCUAGACCCAAAGGUUAUGCUUAUUUGGAAUUUCAGGAUAAGAACGUUGCCUAGACUGCAGCUAAAACCAUGCAAGGCUACAUUCUAUUUGGAAGACAACUAGACUGUCACGUCGUCGAGCAACCUCACAGAGAGACCUUCAAGAAUGGCAACAGAGAUUGGAAAUACAUCCCAACUCCAGUUAAGUUCAGAAACGAAAAGAACAGAGAAAAGACUAAUGAAGAAAAAGCUGCUAAGGUAAAAGGUCUCCUAUAAAAGGAGAAGGAAAAGAGAGAUAGACUAAAAGAAUUAGGUAUCAAGUACGACUUUACUGGAUAUACUGGCAUUGUUGAAGCAUUCAAAACUGCACUUCAUAAAGAAGCUAAAGAGCAGGUUAAGCAAGAAUAGCAAGUAUCAAAUAAAAAGAAGGCAAAAAGUAAAUUAAGUUUAAACUCAGGCAUUAAAAUUUCAAAUCAGCUUCAAAAAAAUUCUUCUGAUAUCAAUACCUCAUAAUCAAAGCCUCCCAUAAAUGCCUUUUUAGCUCAUAUAUAAUCAAAGAAGACGCACUCAAUGAAAUAACUUGACAGUCAACUGCCAGCCGUGAUCAGCAGUAGAUCUAAUAAUGAUUUCAUCUAAACUAAUUAAGUACAAAAAUAUCAGAUUGCAGGCAAAAAGAAAAAGUAGCAGUCGGUAAACUAUUGGAAGAACAAGUAAAUAGAUAAUAAGGUGGUUAUGACAGACUUUAAAACAUUGGAGAACAAUAAAAGCAUAAAGUUUAAGACUUAGAUGAGAGAACUUAAGAUUGAUUUUAGAGAUAAAAUCAAUCUGAUUACCGAAGGUGGUUACUCCACUGAGAGUCUUGAAAUAAAUGCAAACACCGAUAAUGGCCUUCAAAGCUCUAUCUUUAACACGCGAGAUAGUAGAUUAGAGUAAAAGUAUGCAAAUUUCAAAGAUGAUUAAGAUAUUGGAGUUGGCAGUGGACUUGCAUUUGAAGAAAGUACUAUAGAAGCUGGUGAAAAUAACUAUGAAGAGAACCACCCUUAUUAAAGAGUUAAUUUUAAAAUUAAAGAAGAAGAUCACGAUGAUCAAAGGGGAAUCGGUGUAUUAUACAAUAUUGUCAAGGAUUACAAAAUAAGCAAUCAGUUUGCAAGUGAUCAUGAAAAGCAGAAGCUUAUUUAGGAUCUUAUUUUAAGGAAAAAGUCAAUGUAGAAUUUUGCAAACAGAGAAAUUGACACAGGUGAUACAGGGUCAAAUAAUAAAAGAAAUCUUAAUAAAAACACGAAAAUUCAAGAUAAAAGCCUGAAAACUCUAUUAGCUUACUAAGAUUCUAACAUAAGCAUUAGCGAUCUGUAAUAUAAAUAGAGAUAGCCAUAUUAAAAUUCCAUUACUACGAAUAAUACACCCUUUAAUUAAGAUAAAAAUUUGGAAUUUUAUGAUUUGGGUCAUAUUAGAAUGACCAGUGGGAUACCAAUUCAUAAUAGUAUGAUAAAUUAUAAGAUCAAAGAAUAACUACAGAACAAAGAGGAUAUGAAAAUAACAAGAGAAAGGCUGAAAUAGAUAAAUGAGAAGCUCUAAAAUCAUAAAUUCAAAGACAUGAUGAGGUAUAUUCUGCAUAAAGGAUAUUGGAAAUAUAAGAGCAAACACUUUAAAAAUUACAAUUAAGAAGAAAUUUAAAUUGAAUCACAAAGGUCUAACCCAUCUGAAGAGGUUUUAAAGAUUAAUGAAGAGGUAAAGAAAUUAGAAGAUAAUCAUAGACUCUAUAAAGAUUCAUCUCUGCCUGUUAUUAGACAGUUAGUUUUGAGAAAAGAGGGAGAUGUAAUAGGCUCUCUUGAAAGAAAAUAAAAAUUAAUGCUAAAAAAUAUGAAUUAUUAGAAUAGCCCUUAUUGGUAAAAAGUGGAUUCAGGUUUUAAUACUCUUAAACCUUGA